UGCCCGGGCUACAGAGGAGCCAGGAGCCAUGAGGGUGGCAGUGGGUCUCCUCUGGCUCCUGGCCCUCGGAGGGCCCUCCCAGGCCGGGAGCACCUGCCCCUCUCAGUGCAGCUGCAGUCUCCAUGUCCUGGGUGAUGGCAGCAAAGCCAGGACUGUGGUGUGCAACGACCCUGACAUGACGCUGCCCCCUGCGUCCGUCCCUCCGGACACCUCCAGACUGCGCCUGGAGCGUACCGCCAUUCGCAGGGUGCCCGGAGAGUCCUUCAAGGUGCUGAGUCGCCUGGAGCAGCUGUGGCUGCCCUACAACGCUCUCUGCGAGCUCAGCGCCCUGAUGCUGAAGGGCUUGCGCCGCCUGCGCGAGCUGCGCAUGCCCGGGAACCGCCUGGCCACCUUCCCCUGGGCAGCGCUCAGGGACGCCCCCCAGCUGCGGCUUCUGGAUCUGCAGGCCAACCGCCUUUCGGCUGUGCCGCCGGAGGCCGCGCGUUUCCUGGGGAACCUGACUUUCCUUGACCUCUCCAGUAACCAGCUGUUGAGGCUCCCGCAGGAGCUGCUCGUCACCUGGGCUCACCUGCAGACGGGGCCCUUCCUUCCCGGCCACCACGCCAGGCUGGUCCUAGGGCUGCAGGACAACCCCUGGGUGUGUGACUGCCGACUCUAUGACCUGGUCAGUUUCCUGGAAGGCUGGGCCCCAAAUCUGGCUUUCAUAGAAGCCAGGCUGAAGUGUGCCAGCCCGCGCAGCCUGGCCGGAGUGGCCUUCAGCCAGCUGGAACUGAGGAAGUGCCAGAGUCCUGAGCUCCGUCCGGGGGUGGCCAGCAUCAAGUCCCCUUUGGGCACCGCAGUGUUGCUACGUUGUGGGGCCACUGGGGUCCCUGGGCCUGAGAUGAGCUGGACUAGGGCCAAUGGGCACCCAGUCAACGGCACAGUUCACCAGGAGGUCUCCAGUGACGGCACAAGCUGGACUCUGCUGGGCCUGCCUGCCGUGUCUCACCUGGACUCCGGAGACUACAUCUGCCAGGCCAAGAACUUCCUGGGAGCCUCUGAGACUCUUAUCUCCUUGGUGGUCACUGAGCCCCAGACAUCCACGGAGCACAGCAGGAGCCCAGGGGUGCUGUGGGCGAGGCCGAUUGAGGGGGCGGAAGCUGCCGCAUAUAACAAAAUGGUGGCCAGGCAUGUCCCCCACAUCCCUGAGCUUGUCCCAGCCACCGGGCCCCCUGUGCCCAACACAAAGGAGCAACUGACCCUCCAGCAUCUCCAGUUGGGGGCCCCAGGAGACCACUUGGAUGUGCAGGCUGGACCCCAGGAGGCCCUCAUGGUGAGAUCUCUCAAGGUGGUGGGGGACACCUAUCAGAGCGUGACCUUGGUGUGGAAGGCCCCCCAGGUUGGGAACACAACUACUUUCAGUGUCCUCUACACAGUCUUUGGGCAGCGUGACAUGCAGCGGGUGGUUGUGCAGCCUGGGAAGACCACUGUCACCAUCCGUGGGCUGGUGCCCAAGAUCAAGUACGUGGCAUGUGUCUGCGUGCAGGGCUUGGUGCCCCGGAAGGAGCAGUGCAUCAUCUUCUCCACAGACGAGGUGGCGGAUGCUGAGGCCACUCAGCGGCUCAUCAACGUGGUGGUGAUCAGCGUGGCCGCUGUCAUCGCCCUGCCUCUCACACUGCUAGUCUGCUGCAGUGCUCUCCGGAGGCGCUGGCACAAGUGCCGCACCAGUGGCUCCACUGAGGCCACAGGUGCCUACGUCAACCUGGAGAGGCUGGGCCACAGUGAGGACGGCUCCGAGGAACUGUCCCAGCACAGCCUCAGCGAGGCUGACAGGCUCCUCUCUGCCCGUUCCAGCCUAGACUCUCAGGCUUUGGGGGUCAGAGGGGGUAGACGGAUCAACGAGUACUUCUGCUGAGGGCUGUGCUCCCCCUAAGCACACAGAUGCCUAAACCUGCUCCCCCUCUUCCGCUCCCACAGCUCACUGACACCCGAGUCCAUGUUCACCCACUCUUACCCAGUUGGGUACAUGCUUACUCACAUAUUUAUACACAACAGCUAAUGCUUAUAUAAGCACUUACUAUGUGCCAGGAAGUAUUUUAAGUGCUUUAUAUACAUUAACUCAUUUAAUUCUCAUGACAACUCUUUGUAGCAGGCACCAGUCUUCUCCCCUCUUACCUGGAUAGGGAACAGGGGGAGUAAGUAACUUGCCUGAAUCAGUCAGUUUUUGCUGUGUAACAAAGGCAAAAAUCACAGUGAUAUGUAGCAACAACUGCUUAUUUUCACAUAACCCACAGGUGAGUGGGUUGACUGGGGUGGCUUUGCUCCAUGUGUCCUAUUUGGGCCCAGGAUGGAGAGUCAGUGGCUUCCUGGGGCAGGCUUCCUUCAUGGAUGUGUCAGAUGUUAUCAGAGAAAUGAGUAAAACAUGCAAUGCCUCUUAAGCUCUUAAUGCUGCCAUUUCUGCCCAUACUCUACCUGCCAAAGCAAGUCUCAUGGCCAAAACUAAAUUUUAACAGGGCAGGAAAGGACUGUUCUCCCAUGGAGGUGAUGGUGAGGCAGGAUAUAUUUUGCUAUGCAGUGAUCUACCCUUUAUUGCCCACAAGUACAUAGCUAAGAAUUGGCGGAUCUAGAAUUUGGACCACACAUUUGGUUCCAGAACUGAUUAGUCCUUACUACCCUCCUAUAUUGCGUCUUUUUUUUUUCUUGGCCACACCCACUGCAUGUGGAAGUACCUGGGCCAGGGAUCAAACCCAUGUCACAGCAGCAACUCAAGCCACUGCAUUGGGAUUCUCAACCGGUUGCACCACCAGGGAACUCUUCUGUAGGUGCAUUUUGAUUACACUUAUGUUAACUUGUAGACAUUCACACAAUCUCUUUAUGCACUUGCCACAUUUGUACAAUCUCUUUAUGCACUUGCCACAUUUGUACAGUCACACACAUACACACACAAAGACACAUACCAUCCCCUCCCUGUGUACACUUAGAGAUUCUAACAUUUUUUCCCUCUGGGUGCAAUCCUACCUAGAGGUAAUCAUUUGAUCUUCAGUACAACCUGAGGGUUGGAUGAUGCCCAAGAGACUACUGCUCAUUUACUUUCAUAAUGUAAGGCUGGUGGGAUCUGAGAGUCCCUCUGUGGCCUUUGGCCCAGUACAACCAAUGCUGUCUGGCACAUGGCUCAUCUCUGGUCUCAUGUAGCAGCCUUUGUGAUUCCAACUGAAACGUACCUGGAUUCCUGAGGGUGUUUUGGAGCCUUCUGGGUCUCUCAGCAAAACACUUCAAAGGAGGAUUCCAGUUCAUUUUGCUUAAAUCUAGGACAUCUCUGAGAUGUCUCUGUGCCCCAAAGAGGGUGAACAUUCCCAGAUGAAGGGCUGAUGUUCUAUCUUGUCUGCAGGGCUGAAUUCUAAGGAAGACAGGGUGUUUGGUGCCAAGGCCUUUGGGUAACAACUGAGGAAAUCUGUGGACAGAAAGUGAUGCAAGAAAGCUAUUUUGCUAGUAUCACCUAAGAGACUCCAUAUCGUCUUGAAUAUUUGCUAAAUAUAAAAACCAGGGUGAUGCAGUGGUUUCUAAAAUUACUAUACUUUUAUAAAAGACUUUACAACAUAUUUUCUUGUUUCCUCUCAUUUGAUCCUCACAACAACCUGUUAGGGAGGUUCAACUACUUGAUUUUACAGAUGAGAAAACUGAAGCCAAAAUAGCUGAAUGAUUUAUGAAGGAUAGUGAUGGAUUUUCUUGGAGGAUCUAAAUCUUUGAUAACAUUCUGGCCAGGAUGAGGGUCUUUGUGCUCAUGAAUAUUCAGUGUUGACCUCUGCAGUGUGACCCACAGCAGGUUUACUAUGGAGUUUUUCAAGAUGCUGAAACCUGGGAUCAGAACCACGAGAGCACCAGUGCACAUGAACUUGGGAUUUCCACAUGUGGAUAUUUCCUGCCUAUCACCUAGAGGGAAUAUCUGACUAUAACUUAGGGGUCAUUGCUAUUGGUUAGAGGACUUAUUUGGUUGGAAGAUGGCAAAGCCACAGUCCACAUCACAGGUUAGCAAACUUUUUUUCUGUGAAGAAAACAAGAUAUGUAAAACUUUAGGUUCUGUUACUGCGGCUCAACUUGGUUGAUGCUGUGUGAAGGCAGCCAUAGACAAUAUGUAAAUUAAUAAGCAUGGAUGAGUUCAAUAAAAUGUUCUUUACAAAAACAGAUGGCAGGCUGGAUUUGGCUCACAGGCUAUAAUUUGCCAACCCCUGAUCUAGAUGUUUAAAGGCAUUUCUGCUACGUCUUAUGAGACUCAAGACUCAACUGUGAUUGUUUGACAUAUGAGAUUGACAGGCACUCCCCAAAUCAAAACAAAUCUAAAUACAGUUGACAAAAGCAACCAUCUGUUGAAGUGAUAAAGAUGUUUUCUUUAAAUGAUUGGCUGAGCCGAUCAAGACUGAACUCAACUCACAUAUAGUUUUAUUGAAGCUUGUUUAAAGAAAAAUCAGGAACUUGAAGGUAAGAAUGUGUAAGUAUUUAUUCAGCAUUGCAUGUGUG